ACACAAUACCUGGGUUCAGGACGAGGACCAAACCCUCCUUCCUCUUUCUCCAAGACCAAGUCAUCUUCCUGACCCUUCUGCUGUGGUGGGAAACAUUUCCAGUCCCUGUAUUCCUCCCAAGAAGAGGUUGCACCUGAUUCCUCUGCACAAACUCCACCAGAACCCCUUCCCUCAGGAUCCAACCUAAGGUCCUGGGUGUUAGGACAAGAGCGACAGGAGACAUGAGCUCGGAGGACCAGCAAUCUACAGAUCAGGAUGCUUAUGACAUGUCAGAUGCCCGACUGGCUCUGACCCUGUGUAACACCAAGAACCGAGCAGGGUCAGAAACUGAUGUGAAGGCCUUGGAGCAGAUGUAUGAGGCCCUGGGCUUUAAGAGCACAGUGAGGAGGAACCUUUCAGCUAAGGGUUUCUGGGAGGAGCUGGAUAAGUUCAGAAAGGACAUGGACCAGAUGAAAGACCCAGUGAGCUGCUGCUUCGUGGUGCUCAUGGCUCAUGGCGAGGAAGGCAUACUGCUAGGGAUCGAUGACAACACCAUUCAAUUGUCGGAACUCUUUUCUAUGCUCACUAAUGAGAACUGCCAGGCCCUUCGGGGCAAGCCCAAGGUGUUCAUUGUACAAGCCUGCAGAGGAGAUCAGAAAGAUGCUGGUGAGGUGGUUCAGCCAGCAGAGACUGGAGGAACUUUCGUCUUGUCAGAAGAACAUCCUCCCAAGCUCCCAACCUACACAGACACUCUGCAUGUCUUCGCUACUGUGGAGGGACACAUUGCCUACCGGCAUGUGGAAGAUGGUUCCUUUUUCAUCCAGACCCUGACGGAUGUGUUCACGAAUAUGGAAGGCCACAUCUUGGAUCUCCUGACUGAGGUGACCCGGCUCAUGGCCGAUGCUGAGCUAAUGGAAGAAGGCAAGCCUAGGAAGGUGAACCCUGAGGUCCAGAGCACUCUCCGAAAGCUGCUGUAUCUGCAAUAG